AUCGCUGGCCUCCCCAUCAUGACCUCCCGCAAGCCCCGCGCAUACUGGCUCCGCACCACCUUCCUCGCCCUCUUUGUCUUGGUCGUCGUCUCCGUCUACGUCCUCCUCGUCUCCCCGCCCGUCCUCCGCCCCAUCUCCUUCCGCGAUGCGGAACGCGCCCGGACAGACGACCCCGCACGCCCGUCGCGCUGGACCCCGGAGGCGUUCCGGUUAGCUGCCCUGAAGCACCGGAAACCCAAUGCGACAGGCGGCAGCAGCGCGACGAACGACCAGCCCCAGAUCGCACUCAACCAGACUCAGGAACUCGCCGCCGUGUCCAGUUUCAUCGCGAGUCUGCCGCAGAACAUGAUCCCCUCCAGCAUCGACCCGUCAAUACCCAUCGACCCGCAGCUCGUCCUGGACUUUGACACCCGCGGGCCGCAUGCGGAGGAGGAGCUGCAGGCCGUGAUACGCGAUGUGUGGUCGAGGAACCCGGUCAUGCUCUACUCCAAGGUCCACUCGCCGAUAUCACGAGAGAUCAAGCAGGUCCUCGCGGAUCUGUACCUGCGCCCUGCGCCCACGAUUGUGGACGUCGACCAAAGACCGGACGAGAACGUGCUCGUUCCUCUGCUCUUCCGUCUCACGUCGUCAAAGGAGCUCCCCAUCCUUCUCAUCGGCGGUCACACCGUCGGCACAGCUCAGGAAAUCAAGUAUCUUGCUGCCAAGGGCCAACUCAGCCGUCUUAUCACGGAGGCGGGCGGCGUCGUUGAUGGCGCGCGCAAGAAGAAGGCCAAGAAGCUCUAAGCUCUCAGAUCCCUUUUCCCGCCCUGCACAGUGCGACGCGUCGCGGUGCGAGCUGUACAUUUUGCGGCGACCACGGGAGACUACUAGGGCCCGUCGAGGUGAAGUGCUCGCCGAGCGGGGCCCAGUGGCUGGUCAGCCGAGGCUGGUUUGGACACCGUUGAUUGUGGUAUAGAGAUCCGGCCCCCAGGGAUGUACAACUACGGCAUCUUUCCUACAUAUAGCGCUACUCACACGUACAUUUACUACGUGCUUAACAUGCUCCCUCAUCCCCCUAGUAGAAUUAUGCAACGCGCGUGGACUUUGACCGCCGGCGCGCCAUUCGCCGCACCCCCUCCCCCUACCACACAUUCUCUGCACGCAACCUCUUGGCCGCGCAUCUCUGCUAGAUCCGCACACUGUCUCCUGUUAGAUACCCUGGGGCUCACGCGUCCGACCUUACCUUACAGCACAUACGCACUCUCACGACGCCUCACGCCCAAUUUCUAUCCUCCAGAGACUUUU